UGUCCAUACUGUUCGAAAGUCUUUUGCAGUUUUCAAGCACUUAGAGGACAUAUAGAUGGAUUACAUUUGAACAAGAAAUCUUAUAGAUGUUACGACUGUGGAGAUAGUUUUAAAUGGAGAACUGAUUUAUGUAAGCACAGAAGGAAUUUAUGCCCGUACCGGAUUCAAUUAUGCCAAAAUUGUUCGGCUGUCUUCACUCAGAUGAAAUCAUUAAAAGAGCACGUUGAUGGUGUACAUCUGCAAAAAAAAUCAUUUCACUGUGUUGACUGCGGAGAGGCGUUUAAGUGGAGAGCAUGCCUCAGUAAACAUAGGAGACUGGAAUCUGGAUGUCAAAUUAAUAAAUGGCAAUGUAAUUUAUGUACAUCUAUUUAUUCAUCUGAGAGAGUUCUACGAGAACACAUCAAGGCCAUACACCUGCACAAAAUGCUUUGUCAUUGUAAGGAAUGUGGUCAAAGUUUCAAAUGGAGACAUCAAUUACAGAAACAUAAACUAAUU